AUGGAUUUGGUGAUCGGAAAGGAAAUGGAUGAAAUUAUGAAUAUGGAAACAACAUCUCCGAGAAGGAAAUAUUCAGCCAUUAAGCACCAAGAAAUUGGAAAUGAAUGGCUGUAUGAAAUGAUCAGAAUUAUGAUGUAUAGCCUAACUGUCGCUCUUUCAAAUUGGAAAUAUAUCGGAAUUGGAUUAACAACCAUGAUGAUUGCUGUUUGGGCUGUAAAAUUAAUCAUGAGAGAGAAAAGACGGCCUGUCGGAAGAUGUUGGAAUUGUGGAGAGUCAUUUCGACUUACUAGAAGACAAAUUGAUUUGGGAUGGAAGUGUCCCACUACAGGUUGUAAUGCUUUCAACACAGCGCAUCAUUCAUCAUUAACAGGAAGAACAUUGAAGAGUAUAUUUAUGAGGUUUUCAAUUUAUUCAUUUACACUGUUGCAAUCAGCACAUUUAUUAUUUCUAUUGAUGGGAAGUGAGACAUCGAGAUUAAUCAUUGGUACAUCGUUUGAAAAAUCAGAAAACAAAUUAUUUGUUGUGGAAUUUAUCAUGCUAAUAUUCUCAGUGGUUGGAUGUAUUCUCAAUGGACAUAGCAUUGGUUUUAGUUUUUUAUUAGGAGUCAUGAGUUUUUUAUCAUCCAAAUGCAGGCUCGCUUUAAAAGGUGUCUUGCUAUUCUCGAAUAUAUCUAUUACUGUACUUAAAAUAAUUAAGCUUAACGAAGUACAAAUGGACAUGGGAGAUGAAUAUGAUUACGAACGAUAUUUAGAGGAAAGAAAACUAAUCAAUAGAUAUAAUUCUCAUCAAGUCGUUCAGUCUCUCGAGAUAGAGGACCAUUUUCAACCAAUACAAGAGGCUGAAAAUACUGCUGAAUCUACCGGCUAUGUAUUGACUAUGGAUCAUCAACCCUCCAAUGACACUACUAGUGCCAUACAAGACGAUUUUAAUGAAAUUGAAAAUGUGGACCUUUCCCAGCUUUCGCUUUCUGGAGAAAUGAACAAGUCAACAUCCAAUGAAAAUGUCAGUCCCUGGUCUCGAGAUGACCAUCUCUAUUACAAACCUCCAAAAUAUGCCAAAUCUCAUCAAGAAUUGGUACAAUUUUCAAAACACAUGAACGGUACUGGUGGCACUUCUUCCAACAGUAAAGAAACAACGAAACCUAAGGCAGAGGUCGAUACAAUUUCCAUGCUGUCAGCUCUAACUAUUUCUGACGAAGAGGACGAAAAUAUGCAUGACAUACCUGACAUCUCGUCGAGUAUAUCUUCUAGUGAGUCACCUCCAAGACAACUUUCACUAAAUUCUGAACAAUCCAAACCACCAAGCAAUGCUUCAGUUGUAAUGGGCAUCGAACAAGAGGACCGACCAUCGUCACCAGCAUCUCUUGUUGUACAACAGAAAUUGAGCAAUAUUCCAUCCAGUCUCAGCAAGUAUCAAGCUAUUGGAAUUACAUUUUUCAUGUUCAGCCUUACUGCUGUUCUAGCAGCUACUUUGAUGAACAUGUAUCAAAUUUCAAACUACACGUAA